AACCUAAGUUACGUUUUUCCGGCGGUCACAAUCGUACUUCCUUUUAGCCCAUCGGCGGACGUGAUCAAGGAAGAUACAGCAGAAUGCUGGCUGCCAGAGUCCUUCGCCUUGUUGGCAAACGUGCCAUCUCCACGUCUGUCUGUGUGCGUGGAGGACAUGCAGGUGUUGCUAAGGUAGAGGAAUACACUCUCCCUGCAUACUUUGACCUGCGGGAGAAUCCCCUCCCCGAUAUCAGCUAUGUGCAGAACCUGAGUCCAGAGCAGGCGUCCCUGAAGGAAAAGGAGAAGGGCUCCUGGGCUGCACUCUCUGAUGAGGAGAAGAUUGCAUUGUACCGCAUCAGCUUCAAACAGAGCUUUGCUGAGAUGACCCGUGGAUCGUCAGAAUGGAAGACUGUGGUUGCAGGGAUGUUUUUCGUAGUCGGCUUCACUGGCCUGAUUGUGCUCUGGCAGAGAAUGUUUGUGUAUGGACCCGUCCCACGCACAUUUGAUGCUGAGUACAAGGAGAAGGAGCUGCAGAGGGUGUUGGACAUGAGAAUGAACCCAGUGGAGGGCUUCGGAUCCAAGUGGGACUACGAAAACAAGCAAUGGAAAAAGUAAAGGACGAGAGGACCAUAACACACACUUGAAGAAAACGGCAGACCAACUCAAAAAUACAAGAAUACCCAUAUUUCUGUAUUUAUUCAUUGUCCACAUUACCUCAGUCCUAAGGCAUUUUGGAAGACCUCUUCCUCUUAAGGUCAUCGUGUAUUAUAGAAGUAAGAAUAAAAAUGCUUAAACUGAUAACACUUCUCAAUCUUAA